AUGCAGAAACUGGGGUAUAACCAGCGCCAUCAAUGGUAUCCUGAUGGGGGGAUGUGGAUGCAGAAUCAAUCUCAGGAAGAGAGCCAUUUCUAUAACGAAGAGUCUUGGAGCUCAGAGAACAACCACCACCUCAAGAAGCACCCAGCCAUGGACAGGUAUGCUUCUGAUCUCUCCAUGCACAAACAGCAUAGCAUGUUGGGAGGAAAGUUUCAGGAAAGCAUGCACAGUGAUUAUGGCUUUGGAAAUGGUUAUGCGCAUUAUGGGGGUGGCGUAAAGCUCCCUUAUGGUGGGGGUGGUGGUAGCAGGUUCAAUUCUGCUGGCCAACAUGAGUAUUUCUCGGAGGAAACUGAGUGUGAGAGUUCUUACGGUACAAAGAUGGAUGAAAUGAAAUACCAACAGAAUAAUUGGGGUGCGGAAACUUGCUAUGCCAAUCCCUAUGGCAACAUGAACUACAGACCCAAAGUUCAGUGGGCAGCAAAGGGGGUCUAA